CAUUUAGCUCGACGUGGCGGCCCCGGCUGCAGCUGACAGAUUAAACACUGGCAACCCCAAAGCUUUUGGGGUGUAUUUAUAAACAGAGUAACCGUUGCCCUGGAGCUGCAGGGCUGUGAUAAAGACAUAGAGCUUCCUUCCUAACCCUCAAUCGCUCCUUGGAUAGCGCCAAGAAGAAAGUAUCAAAGGGCAUCCAGCACUCGGAUGGGUGAUGAACAGCCAAGCUGCCACCGGCCGGCUGGAACCGACUUCUGUAACGCAGCAGGGGGCGGGGCUCCAGCACGCCGGGAGCUGCGCCCUCACCGCGAAGCCCAACUCCGACGGCGAGAGACGUGAUGCGGAGACCGGUUCCGAAUCCAGCGGCGAGGGCUCGGAUCCCGAGCUCCUGCGGAUCGAAGAAGAUGCGGACGAGCCUCCUUGCGUGGACGAAGCGCACGCGCACUCUGGCCGCUCCCUCUAUGACCUGAGUGCCCAGUUUGAGGAGUGUCUCCAGGAGGUGGAGGUCCUGCUCAGGGGGUGUUAUAGUGGAGUGGACCCCCAGCUUGAGGGCUGCCUGCAGGCAAUGAGCACCAAGCUGGAGGAGUAUGGGCAUGGGCUUGAAGCCCAGCUUGCCAGGAGCCCGUUGACAAGGGCACAGGAAGAGCUCUCCGGGGUUGGGGCAGGUGACGACCUCAUGGAGGAGCUGGGGCUGCAGUUCGAAGCAUGCAUAGCUCAGGUAGGGGACCUGGAGCGGUGUCGGGACAAGCUCGUGCAGGAGCUGCUGCAGCUUUUGGAGCCCAUGGAGCAGGAAGUACGGGGGCUCCGAGUCGAGGUGGGUGAAGCAGGGGCGCUGCUCACCCGGGCUGAACUGCAGAGGCGGAGCCUAAGGGAGGAGGCGCACCGGAUCAAAAUGAAGCUCUUCGGCAUCAUAAGGGAGUGCACCCAGUGCCGCAUCUCCAUGGCGACACUGCAACGUGACGUGGAGCAGGCGGCCGUCACGCAGGAAACGCUGCAAGCGGAGCUGCUCCGUCUCACCAACAUGUUUACGGAGCUGCAGUUGGAACAACGGAACCGCCUCAAUGACCUCCGGAGCCAGGUGAGCGGAGCCGACCCGUCCCAGGCCUCCUGCGGCAUGUCCCGUUGCCUGGAGGCCUCCCGGGACCCGAGCCGCUGGCUGCGGAGCGGCGUGAAAGAACUGGAGGAGCGGUACGAGCCGCAGCUCCAGGCCCUGCUCUCGCGCAGGGAGGCCGGCAUGGAGGCUGCCAGGAGGAGCCGGGAGGAGGCCAGGGAGCUGAGGGCCAAGCUGGGCCCGCUGAGGGAGGAGGCACAGAGACUGGCCCUCCAGAGGAGCUGCCUGCAGGAGAGGCUCGCACUCAUGCACCAGGAGAGGGAGGAGAACGCAAAGCAGCAUCGGGAGACACUGGACGCCCUUGAGGAGAGCAGCCGGAAGCUGAAAACAGAGCUUCAUGUUCAGCUGAGGAAAAACAAGGAGCUCGACAUUGUGAAGAAAAACCUCGAGAAGGCAGUGGGCCUCUACAGAUCUCCCAGACCAGCUUCCAAUGAUGACACAAGUGCAAAGGAAUGCCAAUCCUGCUCAGGGGAAGGAGACAUAAGAGCUUUUCAACAAUAGAAAACUUGUGAAUUCAAAGGGCAAGAGUUAGAGCAACACUUCGUUUUCGAGGUAUAUACAUAGAAGGGGACUGCCAUCAAUUCAGCACUGCGGCAAAGGCUGAAACAUCCUUACGAGACCCCGUGGGGUGUUUGGGGAUGGCGUUUGCCCCAUUGCAAAACAAAUUCCAUUCUGGAGGGAGUUCUGAGAACACUGCCGUGUAUUCUUCCAAAAUCCUUUGUGCAACACAAGAAUUAGACAGGCAUUCUGAGUCUGAAUACAGAUGCUUCACUCUGUGUUCCAUACACGGGAACAAUUAACAACAGCAGUGCGUUGGGGUGGGGGGCACAGCACAAUCCGGCCUCGUGUUCCCCUAUAUUAUACACAUUAAGCCAAUUUUAAAUGUGGAAGGAAAAAAAAAGAAAAAAACCUUGUCAAUUAAUUUUAUACCAACUAUCGUUGGACUUUGAGAAACAAAUGAAACUGAACGAUUGGCAGAGCAGCUUUCACCACCUGUAACAAAAACCUCUGAAGGACUUGUAAGAGUCAUGUUUCCCGAUUUAGUUACAAAACACAUUUAUUGAGAAUGCACUUUUUACAAUUACCUUUAAAGGGAAUGUAUGUGUGUGCGUGUGUGUGUGUGUGUGCGGGAACAACGUGACAUUGCAGGAAAUCACAGUAACGGGAAAGGAGAAGGAACAAAGUGAAAGAGCAGAAAGUAAAGAGUGAAGUGGCAGUAAAUAGGGCGUCAGAUAGACUUUCCAGGCCAGGUCUCCACUCACUGGGGCGGUCGGACAUUAGGUCAACUUUAACACUGAGCUCAGCUCUGCUGAUGAACCAUACAAAAACCUUUGAGCCCGCAAGUGUGUGAGUCACUUGACAAAAGGGCAACAUUUAAUGCAGACACUCGAAGGUCUGAGGAGGAGGUAACAAUGGCUGUGCUUCACCAACUGUGACACGAGCAGGAGAAACAGGCUGCACUUUGUCUAUCAACACUAGGGCACGCUUACAUUACUUAAAUUAGUUCAUCUGAAAUUACCGGCAAAGCUUAAAUAUCAAGUAUGCGCUGGAGGAGAUCAUGACAACAUAUAUUAACAGAACAGUCAGCUACUUUCAAUCUUGAGUAUCUAGCCAAUUUCUUUAAAAAAUGUUUUUACAUUAUGAUAGAAAACCAUUUUCAUGGAUUUUUCAGAUAAAAUGUUUUUUGCACUGAAAGGGAGAAAAAAAUAAAUAAAAAAUACAAAAAAAAGCCUUCGUUCUUCCAAGUGUGGGUGGGUGAUGGAAUCGGACUGGCAACGCAUGCCAAGUUCACGAUGUCCUUUAAAAAAAAGAAAAAAAAAAAAGGACUUUGGG